AUGGCGAUGAUACCAUCAGCACAAAUCCUCAACAUGUUGCCGGGCAAAAAGAUUUCUCGCCAUGUCUCUGUGGGUGUUGGCAAAUUUCCAGAUACAACAGCACAGUUUGCCCAUAUUCAUAUUGAUGCAGUAGGUCUGCUCCCCCCUUCAGAAGGACAACAUUACCUACUGACAGUAACAGACCGAUUCACACACUGGCCAGAAGCCAUUCUGACAGAUAACAUUUCUAUGAGACACUGGCCCCUCAAUUUGUGUCACAGACUAUUGCCCAUUUUGGUUGUCUGCUUCAUACGACCAUGGACAGAGGGCAGCACCGCCGUAAUGUGCCCUGAAUCACAAUGGACCUCCACAUUACCACUGCUUUUGCUCGGCCUACGCAACAUGUAUAAACUGUAUAUAGAAGGCUCACCGGCAGAGCUGGUGUAUGGAGAAGUCCUACGGCUUUCUGGUGAGUUCAUGGACCCGCACGCAAGGUCGUUGGAUGAUGUUAACGCACCGGUAUUUGUCGUCCAUCUCAGAGAAAGGCUGGCAGAGAUCUGA